CUGUCAUGGCUGCGCACUGACGGUACAUUGUAGCACAUGUGGAAGAAACAUCAAAAGACUUCGCUAGUGUAACCGCUAGACACACACACACAGAGAUCAAAGGCGUUAUUGGUUAAUUCGAUUAAUCGGCGUUAACUGAAGCCGGUGUUGAUCGGAUCGGCGCCGUGUCGGGUGUGUUAGAGAGACGGAAGCGGAAUGGAGCGGACCGAGCAGCUCGAGGCGGCGGUGCUGAGGGGAGUUCUGACCGAGACGGAGAGAUCCGAGUGGAAACAGAGCCUCUUUAACAGCACAGAUGCAGGUCCGCUGCUACAGCAUGUGUUUGAGGGGGACUUCGAGGCGGUGUUGCUCAGCGUACCCGUGUUGGAGAUGCUCUCAGGUGAUCCGGAGCAGGGUGAGAGCAUCGAGUCGUACCUGCAGAGGCGCAUCGUCACCUACCUGAGCACCAACCACGAAGAAACCAGGAGGAACAGGGAGUUGGCUAUGUUAGCAUUAGCAGUGUCAUGUCUGCAUCUGUUUGUCCAGUCUAAUUGGACCGGUCCUCCCUUUGUCCUCCACGUGUCUGAUCUCCUCCCCGCGGCUCUGCUGGACAAACACACAGAGGCUGGCGCUAUGACAUCUGUGCUGCUCUCCAGUCUGGUGUUAGACGGUGAGUGUGUGUACAGCCUGCUGUCCAACCCUGUGCUCCUGCUGAUGGCCCGAGUGCUGCUGGUCACCUGCGCUGAGGAGAUGGACAGCCUGCAGCUGCUGCCCUGGUGGACACUAAGGUAUGUGGCGUUGCAUCAGCAAGUUCUUGAGGAAAAAUCGCCUCAACUUCACAGUCUGGCGCAGAGCUGUAUGGAGAAAGUGUGUAAACAUGAGGAUGUUCUUCGCGGUGAAACACGCAGAUCCCUGGCCAUGCUGUUCCACCUGGAGUGCAGCUACACCUGUCUGAGUUACUACGAGUACCGCAAAGCUAAAGAGCAUCUACAGAGAGCUCGCGACCUCUCGGGACUCGACAUCAACAUGACCGGUGCGCUGGGGAAGCGAACUCGCUUCCAGCAGAAUUUCCUCGCUCAGCUCAUUCUCGAUGUAAAAAGGAAGGACGAGUCCCUCGUUCCUGACAGUGAGCUGUCCCCGACGCCCGCAGACCUCCUGCCCAAAGACCAUCAGCUGAAUGACGAUACUGUACUGAACCAGAUAAACUUGGCCGAGCCGUCUGAACACCAGCUUCCUGACCUCAGCGCCGAGGAGCAGGCGCUCAUCCUGGGAGUGUGCACGGACUUCCAGAAGAACAAUCCGGUCCACAAGUUGAACGAUGAGGAGCUCCUGGCCUUCACCACGUGUGUGCUGUCUCAGCCGAGGGUCUGGGCCGUGGAGGUGACUGCGCUUUGCUUGAGGACUAAAGUGGAAAGGACGAGUUCACGCAGAGUGGAGCGCGCCAUGAUGCAAACACAGACGCUGGUGGAUUUCUUUAAUGAGGAGAAGUGUCCGGUGUCUGAGAGACUGAAAAUCUUCUACAGCUGCCGAGCUCCUCCACACUGGGACCUGCAGAGGCAGUUAGCGACUUUGCUAACAGAUCUUGGCCUUACUAGCUCAGCUCUGCUCAUUUAUGAAAAACUGGAACUCUGGGAGGACGCCGUAAUCUGCCUGGAGCUAAUGGGCCAGCAUGGCAAGGCGGAGGAAAUACUGAGACGAGAGCUGGAGAAGAAGGAAACUCCAUCUCUUUAUUGCCUCCUGGGCGACGUCUUGAAGGAUCCGCAGUAUUACGAUCGAGCCUGGGAACUCUCCAAGCACCGCAGCGCUCGGGCGCAGAGAUCCAGAGCUCUCCAUCACCUCCGAAAUAAAGAGUUCCAGGAGUGUGUGGAGUGCUUCGAGCGCUCGCUGGGUAUCAAUCCCAUACAGUUGGGGGUCUGGUUCUCUUUAGGCUGUGCCUAUUUUGCACUGGAGGGUUAUGAAGGAGCUGCUAAAGCCUUCCAGAGAUGUGUGGGACUGGAACCAGAUAACUCAGAGGCCUGGAAUAAUCUUUCUACAGCCUACAUCAAACUCCGGAAAAAAGAGAAGGCUUUUCGCACACUGCAGGAGGCUCUGAAGUGUAACUUUGAGCGCUGGCAGAUCUGGGAGAACUUCAUCGCCGUCUGUAUUGACCUAGGCGAGUUUGGGGAGGCCAUUCGAGCAUAUCAUCGUCUCCUGGACCUGAGGGACAAGUACAAGGAUGGGGAGGUUUUGGAUAUUCUUGUUAGGGCGGUGACUGAUGACCUUCCUGAUCACCGUGGAGACCCAGCAUCCAAUCACAGGGCCAAGUUACAGGAGCUGUUCGGUCGAGUCACGGCCAGCUGCAGCACCGAUGCCCAAAUAUGGAAGCAGUACGCUCGUCUCUAUGGCAACGGCCAUAGCGACAACAAAGGGGACAACGAGAAGGCACUGCACUUCCUGUCUAAAGCCCACCGGUGUGAGACGCAGAAGUCAGGCUGGGAGAAAGACAUGGGCAGCUUUAAAGACGUGAUAAAGGGAGCUGUAGACAUGGCCACUGUGUCCCUCCACUGUAGCAGAGAGAAGUCAAAUCCUCAGGAAGCGCUGCAGCUACUCUCGUCUGCUCGGCUCAGUCUGAAGAGCUUAGCCACUAAGGCAAAACAACUCUACACCGACGUAGCGACCGGAGAAAUUCACGACGAGCUCCAAAGCGACGUAGCACAGCUGGAGCGGCUAAUCGCAGAGCUACAGGACCUGAGCGCAGAGCUGCGCAGCCAAUCAGAAUAACUUCCUGUACUACUAGCCACGCCCACUUUCCUGUUUCUCGACCUUAUACAGUGUUGUAUGUUAGAAUGUGCUAAUAAACUGAGCUAGUCGUGAAAAUUCUAAAUAAAAAAUGUUUUUUUUGUAGA